AUUAAACAAAACAAAAAACAAUUACAAUAAUAAAAAGAAUAAAGAAGCUGGCUCUUGAAACUAGAACUUCUACUCUUCUUCCUCUAUAAACAAAACAUGGGUUUUCCCCCUCUACAAUCCCAAAACAAAUCAACAGUCCUCUUCUCUCAACAAUGCCUGGAACCUUAAGGAAUCUCUCACUUUCUCCCAAAAACUUCUCCUUCACAUUCACCUUGCUUCUAUUAUUAAACUCUUUUCUUCUCUUUCCAUUUUGUUACUCACUUAAUGAACAAGGCCAAGCUCUUAUAGCAUGGAAAAACAGUUUAAACAAUACUUCAGAAGCAUUAUCAUCAUGGAAUUCUUUAACCACAAAACCAUGCAACUGGUUUGGAGUGUUCUGCAAUUCACAACAAGAUGUUAUAGAGAUAAACUUGAAAUCAAUGAGCUUACAAGGCUCAUUACCUUCAAAUCUUCAAUCUCUAAAGUCCUUAAAGAUUCUCAUCCUCUCAUCAAACAAUAUCACAGGAAAGAUACCGAAAGAGAUCGGAGACUAUCAGGAACUAAUCGUCAUUGAUCUAAGUGGAAAUUCUCUAUUUGGUGAAAUACCAGAAGAAAUUUGCAGGCUAAGCAAACUUCAAAGUUUGUUUCUUCACACAAAUUUCUUUGAAGGAAACAUUCCAUCCAACAUUGGAAAUUUAACAAGUCUUGUGAACUUUACACUCUAUGAUAAUCAUUUGAGUGGUGAAAUUCCAAAGAGUAUUGGCUUAUUGGACAAGCUUCAAGUAUUUAGAGCUGGUGGUAAUAAGAAUCUCAAGGGUGAGAUUCCAUUAGAAAUUGGAAACUGCACCAGCUUGAUCCUAUUAGGCCUUGCAGAAACAAGUAUUUCUGGAAGCAUUCCUUCUUCAAUCCAAAUGCUGAAAAGAAUCAAAACUUUAGCAAUAUACACAACUCUAUUGUCAGGCUCGAUUCCGAAGGAGAUCGGCCAUUGCAGUGAGUUGCAGAACAUUUACUUGUAUCAGAACUCUCUCUCAGGUUCGAUUCCAACACAAAUUGGAGAACUCAGCCAGCUCAAGAGUUUACUUUUAUGGCAAAACAAUUUAGUAGGUACUAUUCCAGAAGAGAUUGGAAACUGCAAAGAGAUUCAAGUCGUUGACUUAUCAGAGAAUCUUCUAACAGGUAGCAUACCGAAGAAUUUUGGUCUGCUUUCAAAUCUUCAAGAGCUUCAAUUGAGUGUUAAUCAUCUCUCAGGUAUUAUACCACCUGAGAUUUCAAAUUGUACUUCUCUGACACAACUUGAAGUUGACAACAAUGCUAUAUCUGGUGAGAUUCCUCCUCUUAUAGGCAACUUGAAAAGCUUAAGUUUGUUCUUUGCAUGGCAGAACAAAUUAACAGGAAAAAUUCCAGAUAGUCUUUCAGAUUGUCAAGACCUUCAAGCACUUGAUCUUUCUUACAAUAAUUUGAUUGGUCCAAUACCAAAAAAACUAUUUGAUUUGAAAAAUCUCACAAAACUUUUACUUAUUUCCAAUGAUUUAUCAGGCUUUAUACCACCUGAUAUAGGAAACUGCACAAGCCUCUAUAGGCUUAGAUUGAAUCACAAUAGAUUAGCAGGUAACAUUCCAAAUGAGAUUGGAAACUUGAAAAGUUUGAAUUUUUUGGAUAUAAGUAGCAACCAUCUUGUAGGUGAGAUUCCUCCUCCACUUUCUAGAUGUCAAAAUCUUGAGUUUUUAGAUCUUCAUUCCAACAGUCUCAUAGGUUCUUUUCCAGAUUCUCUUCCAAAAAGCCUACAGUUGAUUGACAUGUCAGACAAUAGGCUAUCAGGUGAAUUGAGUCACACUAUUGGUUCAUUAGUUGAGUUAAGCAAACUUAACUUAGGAAAGAAUCAAUUAAGUGGAAGAAUCCCAUCAGAGAUCUUAUCUUGUACUAAACUACAGCUUCUAGACCUUGGAAGCAAUAGUUUCACAGGAGAAAUUCCAAAGGAAUUGAGUCUAAUUCCUUCACUUGAAAUCUCUCUCAAUCUUAGCUUCAACCAGUUUUCUGGUGAAAUUCCAUCACAGUUCUCUAGUCUUAGCAAACUAGGAGUUCUUGAUCUCUCACAUAACAAACUCACAGGGAGUCUAGAUUCUCUCUCUGACCUUCAAAACCUUGUUACCUUGAAUGUUUCCUUCAAUUCCUUCUCAGGUGAGUUACCUAACACUCCAUUUUUUCAUAAACUCCCUCUUAGUGAUCUUGCUGAAAAUGAAGGUCUUUACAUUGCUAAAAGUGUUUUAACUCCUUCUGAUAGAAUUGAAUCCAAAGGUCAUGCAAAGUCAGUUAUGAAAUCUGUAAUGUCCAUUCUAUUAAGCACAAGUGCAGUACUAGUCCUGCUCACAGUUUAUAUCGUCGUACGUUCGCAUAUAGCGAACAAAACCAUCAUGGAAAAUGAAAGUUGGGAGGUGACUUUGUAUCAAAAGUUUGAACUCUCAAUAGAUGACAUUGUCUUGAAUCUCACAUCAUCCAAUGUGAUUGGAACUGGAAGCUCAGGAGUUGUUUACAAGGUGACAAUUCCGAACGGCGAAACACUUGCAGUUAAAAAGAUGUGGUCAUCAGAAGAAUCAGGAGCAUUCAAUUCUGAGAUUCAAACCUUAGGCUCAAUCAGACACAAGAAUAUCAUUAGGCUUCUAGGUUGGGGAUCCAACAGGAACCUAAAGCUUCUGUUUUAUGACUAUCUUCCCAAUGGAAGCCUUAGUUCAUUGCUUCAUGGCUCUGGAAAGGGAAAAGCAGAAUGGGAAACAAGAUAUGAUGUUAUAUUAGGUGUUGCUCAUGCACUUUCAUAUUUGCAUCAUGAUUGUGUUCCUGCUAUAAUGCAUGGAGAUGUCAAAGCCAUGAAUGUGUUAUUGGGUCAUGGAUAUCAACCUUAUCUUGCUGACUUUGGUUUAGCAAGAAUUGCAACUGAAAAUGAUGAAAAUACUAAUUCUAUGCCAGUUCAAAGACAUUAUCUUGCUGGUUCAUAUGGAUACAUGGCUCCAGAACAUGCAUCAAUGCAGCCUAUAACUGAGAAGAGUGAUGUUUACAGUUUUGGUAUGGUUCUACUUGAGGUCUUAACAGGAAGGCACCCUUUAGAUCCAACUCUUCCAGGGGGUGCAAACAUGGUUCAAUGGGUUAGGAGCCAUUUAGCUAACAAAGGAGACCCUUCUGAAAUUCUUGACACAAAGCUUAGAGGAAGAGCUGAUCCUACCAUGCAUGAAAUGCUACAAACUUUAGCAGUUUCAUUUCUAUGUGUAAGCACAAGAGCUGUUGACCGUCCAACAAUGAAAGAUGUUGUUGCAAUGCUUAAAGAAAUUAGACCUGUUGAAACCCCAAGAGGAGACAAUGAUGUAUUGAAAGGAGGCAUAACAUCACAUUCACAUAGUUCUCCACCACCUCCUAAGAAUGUACUUUCACAUGGAUCUUCUACUUGUUCCUAUAAUUUCUCAGAUGGUUAGUUUAAUCAGUUCAGCAAGUAUGCAUCAGAUCAGUUCAUGGUGUGCUUCAUUCCAUUUGUACAUAGAGUCUAAUGUAAUGCUAAAUUAGAGCUUGAAUUAUUAAUUAGUUGUAUUAUGGUAAUCUAGUGUGAUAUUUUUGUACCCUUUUAAUGUAAUUUCAUAGUGGUUGCAUAUUUCAAAAAUCCAUAUAUUGAGUAUAUAUAUAAUAAAUAAAUAUUGUUUCUUUCA